AUGAGUUCGUUUUCAAUUGAUUACCUUACAAAGACCGCUGCUGCAUACCAAUGCGGCGGCUAUGAAGGCGAACAAAAAAGGAUCUACAGCGGGGCCGUUGACCAAAUCUCCGAGGAUGGCUACAGUAGCGCCAAUGGCUCUUCCGUCGUGACGGAUCGGCAUACGUCCUCCCCGACGGACAGCGGCAUGGAAUCUGACCGGUCACCGGGCCUGUCUGAAUCGGCGGAACGGGAAGAACGAGAUGUAGCUGAGGUACUUGCCGAUCUCGAGAAAAAGGCAUCGCGUGCGAAAAGUGCAGAAGCAGACGACAAACCUAGCCAUUCAUAUAUUGCUCUGAUCUCCAUGGCGAUCCUGAGCACAUCUGACCAGAAGAUGCUGCUGAGCGACAUCUACCAGUACAUCAUGGACAACUUCGAGUUCUAUAACAACGAGGAGAAGCCAUGGAGAAACAGCAUUCGUCAUAACCUGAGUCUCAACGAAUGCUUUAUAAAGGCGGGGAGAUCCGAUAAUGGAAAGGGCAACUACUGGACUAUCCACCCAGCGUGUCUAGAGGAUUUCUCAAAGGGUGACUUCCGGCGGCGCCAGGCUAGACGUCGCGCCAGGAAGUCAACAAAGGACGUUAGUAGCAGCAUUGCCGCCAGGUCACAGUACGGUUACAAUGGCGGAUACGUCCCUAUGACGUCAUCGCACGUUGCUUACCACCCAUACAGUCACCCAGCGGCGAUGUACUAUCCUAUGUCGUCAUCGACUCAAUCAUCAAUUCCUCCACCCACGUUAUACAACGCCCAAGACAACUACCAUCCUGCCAACUAUCUCUCUGAUAUUUCCGCAUCUCAGUAUUCAACAGCCCAGCGAUGCUUUGCGGAUCAGACAACUUCAACUUCCGGUCAACAAAUGUCAGUAGCUGCUCAACGAUUGCUGGCGGAGCACUCAACUGGUGCCGCUCUUACCAUGCAGGCGCUCGCUCAGCAACAAGCUGCCCUUGCCUCCUCACUGCAUUUCCAGAACUGGUAG